AUGGCUCGAUUGAAGGCGGCCGUCACAAUUUUUUCGCUGUUGAUAUCAGCGAGCAUCGAAGUGCAAUAUCCGUGGACAUUCGACAACGACUUAUUUGGAGGUCCUGACUUCUGGGGAUUACUUCAUGGCGAUUGGAGGAUGUGCACAGCUGGUCAAAUGCAGUCUCCUGUUAACAUUGAUCCUGCUCAACUCCUUUAUGAUCCACAUCUAAUGUCACUUAAUAUCGAAGGAAAUAUUGUAGAAGCAAUUUUCGAAAAUACUGGACAGUUGCCGAUAGCGACAAUUAAAGAUUUACCCAAUAAACCAACAAUUAAUAUAACUGGCGGUCCUGGAAUGCCAUAUAAGUACAAAUUGCACCAGAUAACCAUUCAUUUCGGAAAAUCCGACGAAGGCGAAAAAGGAUCCGAGCAUACUGUAGACAGGGUGCGAUUUCCUGCUGAAAUUCAGCUGCUCGCAUACAACAGCGAUUUGUAUGCGAAUUAUAGUGUGGCGAUGACCUCACCACGAGGAUUGUUGGCGAUUUCUGUGGUCGUUGAUAUUGGGCAGACGACGACAGUCGAAUUGCGAAGAUUGACGGUCGCAUCGCAGAGUAUCACCUAUAAAGGAAUGAAAACGAAUUUGACGAGUCUUCAACCUUUGGCACUUCUUCCAAAAACUGCUUAUUACGUCACCUAUGAGGGAUCGCUCACCUUUCCAGGAUGUCAUGAAACAGUCACAUGGGUUAUUAUGAAUAACCCAAUCUAUAUCACCAACGACGAUCUGCAAAUAUGGAAUGAGCUGCAAAAAACCGAAAUAAAACAACCGGAGCCGUCAUUUAUGACACCUGCAUAUCGGCCGCUGAAAGCAUUGAACGGUCGACUUUUAAGGACGAAUAUUAAUAUCGCCAAUAGGGAAUCAAAUGCUCUUUCAAGUUGUCCAUCGAAUUUGUAUUCUGGGACUGGGUAUCGAGCAAAUCCGAGUAGAAGGAAGCGAAAUGAUUCGAUAUCAAAGCGUGAGAUAAAGAGUGGAAUGGUGUUCGAAAUCGAGAAUAUUCAACCGGAUGAGCUGUCAUCUCAAUUGGAAUUCUAG